GGCAGGAGGCUGAAGGGACAUCGACAACCACUCAUCCAAGCUGAGGAACUGAAGUCUCUCACUAAAGUCCUAUAAUAACAUCAUAAUGCGUGCCUCCUUCCUGAUAGUCGCCAUCGCUCUGGUGUGCAGCGUUGCUGCCAUUCCCGAGCCAGGCAGGCCCUACGGAGGAGGAUUUGGCGGAGGGCGUCCAGUUGGUGGUGUGAGACCAGGUCUUGGUGGUCUGGGAGGACUUGGAGGACUAGGGGGAGUUCAUGGAGGUGUAGGAGGACUAGGAGGUGGAUUAGGUGCUGGACUAGGAGGAGGUCUUGGUGGAGGACUAGGGGGAGUUCAUGGCGGUGUAGGAGUUGGAGGCGUCCAUGGUGGAGUCAGGCCAGGAGGCUAUGGCAAAUAGAUGACCUAUGUCAAGCACAUGAAUAAUUUUGGAGGCCAGUAUUUUAUUUAUGCUCUUAUCUAACUACAGUCAUGACUUCAGCAGUUUCCACAAGAUUCUGAAAUACAGAUAAUCAAGUGGUUAAUUAGACUAACAGCAAACCUGUGAAGAUCUCAAAGAGCUCUACCUCCACUAACACACGAAAAUUCUAGAUUCUCAUCUGGAUUCAUCUCAACGUUUGACUGACUCAUUAUUCAUCCCACAGCUUCCCUACCAUAAUGUUUGGUUGACACGCAGCAAUGUGGUUUUGUCUUAUCUCAUGAACAAACAUAUGUAAGGAAACAAACAAACAAAUCUUCACCCAAAAGCGCAUCGUUUUGUUAUUGUUUUUGAAUUGUUAAAACACAUGCAAUUUGUGAUGAUAUAAAUUCUAUAUGAAUAAAAAAUUUGCUUUCAUAA